AUGGAAGUUAGAAAGAUAGUAAGAAGAAUAGUUAUUCUGCUUGUGAUUAUAUUUGUUAUUUUCAUACAGAGAAGUCUCUCGGAUGAAAGUGAGCAGAUGCGCAUGAUAAACAGCUAUAAAAAAGCGAUAGAGCAGCACACAGAUAGCAACAUAGAUGAACAGUGCAAAAGUAUAGAUGAAGUCUUAAAGAUCUACGAAGAUCUAAAGGAUAAAAAUGCAUUCAAUAUAAUACCUACGACAAUAAGUGACACAUUUAAGUCGCUAUCCACACGAAAAGAAGAGCUUAUAAAGAUGAAGCAUGCAAUAAAAGAGCUAAAAGACGGGAUUCUAUCCUUUGAAAAAAACAUAUCCCAUGAAAAGGCAAACAAUAAGGAUGAGAAUGAAGAGGUUGCAGAGAACAUCAAGGAUAAAGUGCACAAGUUUGCUGAAGAAGUAAAAAAAAAUACCGAGAACAUUGAGAAUGCGCAGGCAGUUACACAAGUAGAAAUUGAAACUCUGAAAAACUUUAUUGCGGGCACAGAAGAAAAAAAGUCUGAUGCUGAAUCUAAUGCUAAGAACAACGAUGAUCUAUGA